AUGAAUAUGAUUACAAAGAAGUAUCUAGUGAUCGAAUGGGGUAAUGAUAUUAAAGGUAAAGAGCCAUUUUCUUUCAUUGUUAAUGAUGAGAAAAUUGAAUCAUACAAACAUAUUUCAAUCAUGAUUUCAAAAACUGUUCAUGAUCAGUAUUUGCGUGAUAGUUCAAUUAAAUCUGUUACUACAUAUUUGAAUUUAUUAUGCAACAACACAAUUGAUAUUAUUUCUGAAUUUUUCAAAACUGGAGCUCUUAGGUUCGAGAAUGAUUGCCUGCAUAAUAGAGAUAUAUUUGAAGUUGGUAAAGCAUUUGGAAUCGAAUUCUUAACAGAUAUAUUUUGCGCAUUUGUUAAUUCCACUUAUAAAGAAAUCAACAAAGAGAAUUUUUAUGAUAUUUAUGAUUGUGCAACAACAAAAAAUGAUACCAAUAAGAUCAAUGAAUGCAUUUCUUUCUUUGCAUCAAGAAUGUUUGAUUUUCAAGAAGAUUAUAAAAUUAUAACAUUCAAACGAUAUGGUUAUGACUUUUUUGAACGAGUUUUAACUUCAAAAUCUCUUAAAGUAUCAAAUGAAGAUUCAGUAGUCAGUACAAUAAUAUCCAUGAGUGAAAUAGAUAACUCAUUCUUUCCUCUUCUUAACCAUGUCAGAGUUGAAUUUUGCAACAAUAACUCUAUCACAUCUAUCAAAAAUCAUUCAAUUAAGCACAGUUUAGAGUCUAUCUCAACAGAAGUUUUCGAACGUGCACUUCUCCAUCGUUCACUAAUUCCACAUAAGCUUCAAAUCUCUAAUGCAAACUAUUUUAGUAGAGAAUCUAUUCCGAACCCUUUCAAGAAUUCUAAAAUUGAAGAAUAUCAUUGUUUGGAUCACUCAGAUGAAAACAUGAGAAAAUUAAUGAGUUUGAGUAAAACAAAAGAUAACUUUGGUAAAAUCUUUAAAAUUCUUGAAAAAGCAUCAAGUGAAGCAGAUAUUGCAACAAUAAAAUUAGCGAUUGAUGAAAAAUAUUCUGACGUUCAGGGUAAGUUUAAUAGAAAUAUGAUUCUUGAAGCAGCACGGAAAAAUAAUCUAAAUCUAGUUCAACAUUUGUUUAAUCAUGGUGCAGAUAUUAGAAGUAGAUCUUCUACCAAGAGAACAAUUCUUCACUUUUUCUGUCAGGAGGGAAAUCUAGAAGCUGUAAAAUUUGCUCUUAACUUCAUCGAUAUUAAUGAUGUAAAUAAUGGGAAUGAAACACCUCUUCAUGAUGCUAUAUAUAAUAAUCGAGCAAAUAUCUGUGAAUAUCUUAGCUCUCAAACAAAUAUAAAUAAAAAUAUAAAAACUAAUGCUAAUGAAACUGCUCUUCAAUUGACAAUUCGACUCAAACAACAACAAUGUGUUGAUAUUCUUCGAAGAAAUGGAUUUACAGAAUAG